CGAUUACUUACGCUUAUCAUUGACGGCGUUCCUCACUCGCCACACUAUUGCUCGUGGAUCGCGAUGAAUCCCGCCGCUACGCUUCAGCAAGAGCUGUGGGCUUUUGUGGAGAGUCUGUCAGUGCCUCAUGUGGCCCCCGGACUGUCUCCGGAGGCGCGACUGGAGCAGAUCCAUCAGCAGGCAGGUGAUUUGCUGGCCAGAAGGCGCGAGGCGUCUAUCAAUGGAACUGUCGAGUUUCCAGCCGCCUCGGCUGCUGCAAUUGCCACUAGUAAUGAAGAUCACCAUGGAAAGACGAAAGAUGAAGAGCACAAGGAAGUUGCGGCGACCACCAAGGCCGAGGAGAAAAUGUACGAGGAAGUGAACGAGCGCAUUGCUCGACGCAUGAUCGACGGUGUGGAGCAGCUCAAUAGAGGAGGCACAGCAACAGCUAGCACUAGCGAAGACAAGAGCGAUACACUAUCUGACUGUACGACAAUCACCGAGACGUCCAGUGUCUACGGGAUCCACAACACGUGGGUGGAUCUCGCCACGCUCUACUCGCUACCAUUCGUCAUGAGCGACAGUAAUCAUCGUUUAAAGCCCGUGCCACCGCUGAAUAUUGCACAGGAACAGAGUCACUUGAGUAAGAUCUUCCAGGAAUGCCAGCGUGCAGUGCACACGAUGCGAGCAGUGGCUACGGUUGACGCACUUCGGAAAGUUUUGGAUCGUGGCGUGACUGUGUUACACUUCAGCGGACAUGGAGGUCGAAUUGUGGGGCAAAGCCAGUAUCUCAUGUUUGAAGACACGCAGUGCUCUGGUCUGGCGCAUUUAGUAGAUUCUACGACACUGCGGAGUAUACUGAACGGUGGUACGAGUUCUUCGGUCGUUGAGGAGCCCAUUGUCAGUGAAAGCAGCAUCUCGCUGGAGAUACCGAAGGAUAACGUGCCGGCUAGUAGUAUCACUGGUUUGCCGGCGCGCUCUCCAUCCCAAAUCUCAUCAUCUCGUAGCAUUGACGGUCGGCCUGCGAUCAACGGCACUCUCAAGUUGGUAUUUGUAUCAUCUUGCGAUUCGAAGGAUAUCGGUGAAGUUUUCAUCCAAGCUGGAGUAGCACACGUAGUGUGCGUGCGGUCUGAAGGCCGGGUAUUGGAUGAAUCUUCAGCCAUGUUUUCGUAUUCGUUCUACCAUGCAGCUGUAACGGGGAAGACAAUCCAGCAAGCGUUUGAAAUCGCUCGUGUCCGCGUGAGUGCCGAAAUGCGGAUUCCUGACGGGGAAGGCGACAAGUUUGUGCUAUUGGAAUCGUCUCAGCUACACGCGGAAACCUGCCCACUUUGGUCCAGAGAGGAAGUUCCACAGGCGAUUGAAGUGAAUUUCGAGGAGAAGAGUUGCAGAUGCAAUGCGUCAACGCAACAGUUUGUGUUCUCCGAUAUCUCAGUGGGUAAGUGGGUCGAUGUGAGUCCGUCCAACAAAUUCAGUAAAACUCUUCCGCCAGUAGCUGAGUCGUUUGUGGGUAGAGAGCAAGAACUGCACAUGCUAGCAGAACUAGUCAACACGCGAAGGUUUGUGACACUACGUGGUCCUCCUGGAAUCGGCAAGAGUACCUUGUCGACUAAGCUUGCUCACUUCCUGGCUGAUCGUAAUGCCUUCCCUGAUGGCGUUGCAUUCAUUCGGUUGCGUGGGGUCCAGUCACUGGAAGGCAUGGAAUCGUCUAUCAAGAGCGCGUUGUUCCCUGAAGGUGGUCGUGAGAAGGACAUGCCGCUCGACCAAGCGCUCGCUGACAUGAAAGUUUUACUCGUGAUGGACAACAUGGAAGAUCCGAUCAACGCGAAUCCGUCGUCUACGCGCGAUUUUCUGCUGCAAUUGCUACAUAAUACGCCGUCCUUGUCGUUUUUGAUGACGGCUCGACAAGCAAUGGGCGGUGGAAUCAACGAGUUUGACGAGAAGGUGGUGUCUUUAAAUCGUUUAUCGCACUAUCACGCUGCGGACCUGUUCAUCAAAAAGUCACCACGCGCGCUGCUUGUGUCUGAAAUCGGGGAUACUGAUACUAGUGGUACGAAGUCCACGUCUACGUCGAUUCUGAAUGCGUUGGUAGCUCACCCAUUGAUGGCGUUCCUCGAUGGUCACCCACAAGCUAUUUCGCUCUGUGCUCCAUUGCUUCAGGAUAGAUCUCUGUCAGAGCUUACACGAGCAGUACUCAGUCGCGGUGUGAGCGAGUUGCAAGUUGUAGGUCUCGCUGCACACGAUCGCAGCGCUUUGAACACCCUCGUUGCAUCGCUGGAUGUGUCCUUGGAGCAAGUUCGGAUGCACCACGGCCAAGACGCGAUCCGAUUCUUCGCGCUUUUGGGAUUGCUUCCAGCUGGAGCAAUGCCAGCAGAUUUUAAGAGCCUGUGGGGGAGCAAGUGGGAGGGGCUUGUGGAGACGCUUCUUCGAUUCUCGCUUAUUCAACGAAAUCGUAUUCCAGGAUUCGCACUGGCUAAGCGAGGCUUGCCCAAACGCAGCGGUACGGGAACAAGCGGCCUCGGUAGCAGUAGCUCCAGAAGAUCCAGGUCGCGCCAUUCAUCCAGCCGUGGAUACGACCAGUCUUUGUUGGCAGCUCUGAAGUCGUACAGCGACUUCAUCAAUAACGCUACUGAGGCUGCUGGGAAAGCUGAGAGUGCAGAAUAUGACAUCCCGAAUGGCAGAGGUGGGUCUCGUCGCGCCUUGAACGACAGACACAUGCUCAACUCGCUGACGCGCAGUGGACGCGCAUCUCGCGUCUCCGAGCAUGUGGAGCGUAUGGACGACCACGCGGAGAUUAUGGCUGUGUGUGUUUCGUAUUCAACGUUCCCGUUCAUUGCAAGUUAUGCGCGCAGUUUGCUCGGAAUGUACGACGGCGAUGGUGCGAAGAACGAGGUAUUGGAGUCACUCUGCGUUUCCGACCGUGAUCUCUUCCUGUAUAACACCUCGAGGCAUUUCCAAAAAGUGAGCUACUGGGUCUUUCAGCACAUCUGCACACUCACAAUCGAAUCAAGCGCAGCUUAUUUGAUUUUGGACUUGCAUGAAUCCAAUCUUUGGAUGAUUCUCGACCUCCAUAUUCGCAUGAUUGAGGAGUGCCAAGCGGAAGCCAAGGCCUCGUCACCAAGAUCGACGAGGACAGAUGUUCAUUCAACUGUUGACAAUAGCGAUGGCAUCAACCUGCGCGAGAAGAUUGAUGGCUAUGUGAUGGACGUAGCAUGUUAUCUCGCGCACUCUUUGUUCUUGUCAGGUCGCCAUCGCGGUGCUUGGAACGCGGCUAACAAGGCUUUGCAUAUCGCCAAACAGCACAAGAAUACCCUUUGUCAGGCGAAUAUUCGUAAACUGAUGGGCAUUCUACUCACAACCGAAACAAAGUUCGACGAAGCCAAGGCUCAAUUCGGCACAGCUCUCAUUCUGUACAAAACUGUUGGAAACAAAAUUGGACAAGCGGCAUCUUUGAGUGCGAUCGGCAUGAUUCACUCACGCAACGGAAAUCUACGAGGCGCUCACAAUUGCUUCACGAAGGCGUUGACACUGUACGAAUGGUACAAACAUUCACUUGGACAACUCAAUUGUCAUCAGCGCCUUGCUAAUUUGGAAAAAAAGUUACGCGAUGGUGAUGGAUCAGCUCACAAGAAUGGACCAAACUCAGGCCACAGUCACCAUUAUGCAGCAACUCGUCGUCUUCAAGGUGAUUUGAAUCGCAAACGUAACGGCGAAUACAUUGUUCGCUGGGUGGGGCACGAAACGAGUCUGCUACUGGAGAUGCCGUCUCCAACAGUAGAAGAUGACAGCCAGUCCCGUCCUGGGCAUUCCAUUGUAACCUCUUCGCAAGGGUUACCAUACCCGCUUGGUACAGGUGCAAAGGUGACAGCACCGAGUGUCACGAACAAUUUGAAGAAGGUGAAAGCAAGCGUACUCCUUGAGCAGAAGGAACAAAGUACUUCGACUGCUGCUUCAACAAUUAUCACCAUAAAUGAGGGGCAAGGUGACAAAUUCAAAAACAGUAGCUUUGCCAAGAGGAAAGAGUAUGACAGCAGUAUCAGAAAAUCUGCUGCUGCCAUGGCGAACGCGUCCAACUUAGCCUCAUCACCUGAGCCGUAGUAAUUUGUGCGUUCAAAAUUGUAGUUACUGUAACUCUUACCACUCAUCAUCACUGUUCUCGAUUUCAUCGUCGACC